AUGGGUGAAGCUAAAAUUCUAGUAGAGGUUGAGUUAAGUAAAGCUUUUCCACCAAAGAUUGCUGCUAGUGAUAAAACUGGUUUUAUAUCUAUGGUGGAUGUUGAUUAUGCUUGGUUACCUUCUAAGUGUGGUAGAUGUGGACAGUUGGGUCACAAAGUCAAACGUUGUUUGCAGUCUGAACCGCUGAUUGUUUCUGAGGAAGAGAAUGUGCUUAAGUCCAAUGCUACUUCUCCUGUCCCGGUUAAUGAACCUCAAUCCUCCACUGUCUCAAAUCUUAGUCUACCAUUGAAGGAUUCAGUCCCAAUUGCUGCAGCUUCAGCUACUUUGCCAACAGAGAAUGUAAGUUUAGUACAUCCAGAAAAGAUAGUUGAUCCCAUUGAGUGUCUUUCACCAAAGACAGCUACCUUGUUACCAGCCUCCACUCCUUCUACUCGUGCCACUGUUCAGGAAAGUAAGCAAGCUGAGCUUUCUCUUGGUUCUAACCAGUUCGCAUCUUUGAUUUCUUUUGAGGAGGAAGAUGUGACUUUGGUUUCUCCGGAGGAAGAAGAAGUGUCGUUAGAUUUAGACAAAGAGUCUGAUUUGACGGACUUUAUGACACCUUUGGGUAAAAGAAUCCUUCGAGAAAGACCAGUGAAGCCAUCAACAAAAGCUAAAGAGAUGAUUUGGCAAGUUGCAGGUGGUGGAAGAGGUAAUCGAGGUCGUGGAAAGAGAGGUGGACGUGGCUAG